GCAAAAUUAAAGACUUAUCGAUCAUGAAGAUCGGACUUAGCAUAACCAUCAUACUUUUAUCUUACACGGUGGCUACGGUUGCCGGACAACAAUGCGGUCGUCAAGGCGGUGGUCGGACUUGUCCCGGAAACAUCUGUUGCAGCCAGUACGGCUACUGUGGCACCACCGCGGACUACUGUUCUCCGGACAACAACUGCCAGAGCAAUUGUUGGGGAAGCGGACCUAGCGGACCAGGGGAGAGCGCGUCGAACGUACGCGCCACCUACCAUUUCUACAAUCCGGCGCAGAAUAAUUGGGAUUUGAGAGCCGUGAGUGCUUAUUGCUCCACGUGGGAUGCUGAUAAGCCAUACGCAUGGCGAAGUAAGUAUGGCUGGACCGCCUUCUGCGGACCGGCAGGACCUCGUGGUCAAGCUUCUUGCGGCAAGUGCUUGAGGGUAAAGAACACAAGAACAAAUGCUGCAGUAACAGUGAGAAUAGUGGACCAAUGUAGCAAUGGAGGAUUGGAUUUGGAUGUUGCAAUGUUCAAUCAAAUAGACACCGAUGGUUUUGGCUAUCAACAAGGCCAUCUCAUUGUUGAUUACCAAUUUGUCGACUGUGGCAAUGAGCUCAUUGGGCAGCCUGAUUUCAAAAACAUCCUUGUUUCUGCCAUUGAUGGCGUUUGAUAUUAUGCAAUGAUUUCGAGGUCUACACAUAUAUAAUAAAGACCUCGAUAUAUGUGGAGAGAGAUAUGUUUCGUAUCAAUAAGGAGUUUUCGAAUGUUACAAUAAAUCGAUACUACUUUA